AUGGAUCCCAACCAAGUCGACAAAGAGCUUUACACAACAAAACUCAAAGCCCUAGUUGAGCUAGUCGAAGAGGAGAAAUGGCCAGAUUUUGGAUUUCUCCUCUUCCGCACCUAUUUCGACGAUGAAGCAUUGUGGGACAACUUCCAGGAACAACAAAAUCUGAUCAUGGACGAAGCUAUCGAGGCUGCUCCCACGGAAUCUGGCUUAUCGCGGAUUUCGGACAAGAUGUUCCUCAAACAGGUGUCUGACGAGGCAAUGAAAAACACGCCGCCCGAAGGAGUCGCGCUGGCGUAUCGGAUUUGCGCAGAGCCUGAUGAAAUCGAAGGGCCUGAGAAUGACCUUGAGCCGGGUCUUCACACGAGUAUGUGUCUUCUGGUUGAUGAGGAAUGUAUGCGCUCUGUGAUUGAUUGGAAGAGAGAAGGCGCCCCGCUGCCGUUUGUGAAAGCGAUUGAUGUUACGCUGGGCGAGGAGAUGUUAUCUUACUCUGGUGCAUUCAAGGUGGCGAUCGCAUCGCUUUUUACUAGAUUCUACUGGGCACAAUUUGAGUGUGAUGAGACAGCAGAUUUGGUGCCAGACGGCGAUACGGUGUGGGAUGGUACCUUUGAUGCACAAAAGGAUUGGGAGAAGAUUGACAGACUGCUGAAUAGGUGA